AUACGAUGGAUAGUAAGAUGAACACUAAAAUAUCGCGACUUAUAUUUUUCGUAAACGGAAAAAAGCUUGAAGUUGAAAAUGCAGAUCCGGAGUCAACAUUGUUACAGUUUCUCAGGAAUAAAUUGGGAUUGCCUGGAACAAAACUGGGCUGUGGUGAAGGUGGAUGUGGGGCGUGUACUGUCAUGCUUUCCAGAUAUGACAGGGAGGCAAAGAGCGUGCGUCACUUCUCUGUGAACGCCUGUCUGGCACCAUUGUGUUCCAUGCACGGUUUGGCGGUGACCACAGUGGAGGGUAUUGGCAGCGUGAAACACGGUCUACAUCCAGUCCAGGAGCGGCUGGCUGCCUCCCAUGGCUCCCAGUGUGGUUUCUGUACCCCAGGCAUCAUCAUGUCCAUGUACACUCUGCUCAGAAACAAUCCACAACCGUCCAUUGCCACCAUGGAGAAGGCGUUUGAAGGUAAUCUGUGUAGAUGUACCGGAUACAGACCGAUACUGGAGGGAUUUAAGACAUUAACCAAGGAAUACUGCCAGAUGGGAGAUAACUGCUGUAAAAAUCGGGACACCAAUCAGAAACAGGAGGAAAGAGUCACUUCAAGACUCGUGAACGGUGAAACGUUUCUACCACUUGAUUCAUCCCAAGACCCGAUAUUUCCUCCGGAGCUGAAGAACACAGAACAGUAUGACAGAGAUUACCUGGUGUACCGGGGUGAACGUGUCACAUGGUAUCGGCCCCGUACUUUGGCAGAGUUACUGGACCUGAAGUCACAGUUUCCUGAUGCCAAACUGGUGAUAGGAAAUACUGAAAUAGGUAUCGAAAUGAUGUUCAAGCAGAUGGAAUACCGCGUGUUGAUAAGCCCUAGCAUCGUUCCGGACCUAGGCAUGGUUGAACACAUGGAUACGGGGAUAAGGCUUGGAGGUUCCGUGACCUUGACAAGGCUCGACGAGGAACUGAAAUAUGUUGUUCUAAAAUAUCCAGAACACAAGACCCGGGUUUUCUCCGCCGUGAUUGAAAUGCUGAGAUGGUUCGCAGGGCACCAGAUCAGGAACGUCGCUGCUGUUGCGGGCAACAUUAUAACAGCUAGCCCCAUCUCCGACCUCAACCCCCUGUUUCUGGCGUGUGGGGCAAUGCUGCAGGUCUACAGUAAAAAGCGUAACUUGCGAGAAGUCUGUAUGAACGAGAAGUUCUUUCUGGGCUACCGGAAGACGCAGAUGCGUCCAGACGAGGUUCUGGUGAACAUCACACUACCCUUCACCAGAAAGAACGAGUACUUUGCUGGCUACAAGCAGGCAUACAGACGUGAGGACGACAUAGCGACUGUGAAUGCAGGCAUGCGGGUGGUUUUCGAGGACAACACCAAUGUGAUUAAGGAACUAUCCCUUGCAUAUGGGGGAAUGGCUAUUACCACGGUGAUGCCCACUAGGACAAUGACGGAGGUCAUUGGAAGGUGCUGGGACGAUUGGUUGGUAGACGAUGUGUGUCGUUUACUGGCAGAGGAAAUGCCUCUAGCUGCCGGGUCUCCCGGGGGGAUGGUGGAAUACAGGAGAUCUCUUACUCUUAGCUUCUUCUUCAAAUUCUACCUCACUGUGCAACAACAGUUACAAACUCUGCACAUCCCGACCUCAAAGGUGCCUUCUUGCUUCAAAAGCGCAACCCCUGUGUUCCACAAAGACCCCUCACGCAGCUCCCAGAUCUUUCAGGAAGUGGCCCCCGGGCAGCUGCAGCAGGAUCCAGUGGGCCGACCCCUCGGUCACGUGUCCGCCGCCAAGCAGGUGACUGGGGAAGCCAUCUACAUCGAUGACAUUCCUAAAUAUCAAGACGAGCUCUAUCUGGCGUUCGUUACAAGCAGCAAGGCAUAUGCUAACAUCGUCAGUGUGGACCCGUCCGCCGCACUCGCCAUUCUUGGUGUGGUAGAUUACGUCGGCUACAAGGACGUCCCCGGUCACAACCGCUGGGGAGCCAUAUUUCCAGAUGACGAGGAAAUCUUCGCAUCAGAACAGGUGCUGUGUCAAGGUCAGGUGAUAGGUGCAGUUAUAGCACGAACUAAGGAUCAGGCAAAACGGGCAGCCAGGAAGGUCAAGGUCGAAUACAAGGAACUUGAGCCAAUUAUUACUAUAAAGGAUGCAAUACGCGCUGGGUCAUUCCACCUCUCUCCGACCAAGCUCUCGUGUGGGGAUGUGGAGGCUGGUUUCCAGCAGGCAGACCACAUGCUGGAGGGAGAAAGCCACAUGGGUGGUCAAGAACACUUCUACCUCGAGGGUCAUGCCACCCUCGCUGUGCCCCGGGGAGAGGAUGGCGAGAUAGAGAUGUUCGUAUCCACGCAAAACCCCACGGAGGCCCAAAUGUUUGUUGCAAGGGCUCUCGGGGUACCUUCUAAUAGAGUAGUUGUCCGGGUGAAGCGGAUAGGAGGCGGAUUUGGCGGGAAACAGUCGCGCUACGCCGUUGUUUCCACACCAUGUGCAGUUGCUGCUAACAAACUAGGCCGGCCAGUCCGUGUGAUGCUGGACCGCGAUGAAGACAUGGUGAUGUCAGGUGGACGACACCCCUUUCUCGCCAAAUACAAGGUGGGAUUUAAUGACACUGGGAAAAUUUUGGCCCUAGAGCUCUGUCUGUACAGCAAUGGCGGAAUGUCCAUCGACCUGUCCAGUGCCGUACUGGAGAAGGCCAUUUACCAGUGUGACAACGCGUACAAAAUCCCGAACAUGACGGUGACGGGUUACGUAUGCAAGACAAACACACCCUCCAACACGGCCUUCCGGGGAUUUGGGGGACCACAAGGCAUGAUGGUGGCUGAACAGGCUCUCGCGCAUGUGGCCGCCCGCCUUGGGAUCCCAACAGUAACGAUCCGUGAGUUGAACCUUUACCAAGAUGGAGACAGAACCCAUUUUGGCCAGGAACUGAGUCCCUGCUUUAUACAGAAGUGCUUUGACGACUGUGUCCAACAGAGUGAUUUCCACAGAAGAAAGAAGGAGGUUGAUAUCUUUAACAGUGAAAACCGAUGGAAAAAGAGAGGAAUAACCGUCCUUCCAACAAAGUUCGGGUGUGCUUAUAAAGAAGAGUUUUUAAACCAGGCUGGAGCAUUGGUACACAUAUACCAGGACGGGUCUGUGUUGCUUACCCACGGGGGUGUGGAGAUGGGCCAGGGGCUACACACCAAGAUGAUACAGAUAGCGAGCCGUGAGCUGCGGAUCCCAGUCUCAAAGAUCCACAUCAGCGAAACAGGAACAAACACCGUGCCCAACACGACCCCUUCCGCCGCCAGUGUAGGCUCCGACCUCAACGGCAUGGCUGUCCUGAGGGCUUGUCGGACAUUGAUGGGGCGAUUGGAGCCGGUGAUGUGUGACAAUCCCAAGGGCACGUGGGAAGACUGGGUGAUGGCCGCCUACUUUCGCAGAAUCAGCCUUUCUACCACCGGCUUCUACAAAACGCCCGGCUUAUGCAAGGAGAGUCCGUACAGCUACUUCGCGUACGGUGCUGCCUGCUCUCAGGUGGAGAUUGACUGUCUGACGGGCGAUCAUGUGGUGCUGCGUACGGACAUUGUGAUGGAUGUGGGGACAAGUCUGAACCCUGCCAUAGACAUCGGCCAGAUAGAGGGAGGCUUUGUUCAGGGCUACGGACUGUUAAUGAUGGAGCAGGUAAAGAUGUCUCCCUCGGGGACGAUGCUCACCCGCGGGCCCGGAAACUACAAGAUACCGGGCUUUGGCGACAUUCCUGUAGAGUUCAAUGUCACCUUGCUGAAGGGAAGUGUCAACGAGAAGGCUGUCUACUCCUCUAAAGCUGUCGGCGAGCCGCCCUUAUUUCUGGCCGCCUCCGUAUUCUAUGCAGCGAGGGAGGCGAUAUCUGCGGCACGUGCAGAUGCUGGUCUCCGUGAUUACUUCCGUCUGGACAGUCCAGCAACCCCGGAAAGGAUACGCAUGGCUUGUGAAGACCAGUUCACCAAUCGAUUCCCCGUGGCAGAGGAAGGAACGUAUAGGCCAUGGUACGUUGACCUCUAGCCAAGGUCAAGGUCAUUUCACACUACUACAUCGCAACACAACAAACCAUGGGGCUUCAUUCUCUAAACGACGAGGGCAUUUCUCAAUGUAGAUUUCUUUUAUGAAAUUUUACUGUCCUUAUUUUUCAAACUUAAUGUAUUUAGAAAUGGCCAAAUAUUGUAUAUAGCAAUGUAUUUUCCCCGGUGAUGUAAAAUUUAGGAUAUAUAAAAUGUUCAUGUAUGACAGGCUGAAGCAAUAAAACAUUGGCCAGUAUUUUCCUUUAUAUGAUACAUUAUUAUAUACAUAAUUAUUUAAUAGUGUAUUGAACUUUAAACAUCUUCGAAG